AUGCAGUUCACACUCGCCGCCUUCACUGCUCUCUUGAGCCUCACCUCCGCCGCUGCCGUCACAAAGCGCUACCCCGCCACUCUCGUCGAGCGCCAGAGCGGUAUCUGCGGCAGUAUCGCUACACCUCUUUGCUGCCAGACUGAUGUCCUUGGUGUCGCCAACUUGGACUGCGCCAACGCUGGCGCUGGUAUCAAGACUACCGAGGAGUUCAAGGCUGCUUGCGCCGAGGAUGGUACCACCGCUCAGUGCUGCAUCGCACCACUUGGUUCCGAUGGACUGAUUUGCACUCCUGCUUAG